AUGAAAGCCAGCCGAGCCGGGCCCGGGGGGCUGCCGAGGGGGGCUCGGGGGGCUCCCACGGAGAGCCCGGGGGGCUCCCAAGCAGGGCUGCUAAGGGGGGCUCGGGGGGCUCCCACAGAGAGCCCCGGGAGCUCCCAAGGAGGGCUGCUAAGAAGAGCCCGGGGGGCCGCCAUGGAGGAGCCGAGCCCGCCCACAGCGCCCCGGGAGGCGGCGGGGGGACGGGCCGAGCAGGCCGGAGGAGCUGCGCGGGCCGAGCCGCGCCCCAUGGCCCGCGGGGGGCUCUCCUGGGCUCCUGGAAGUCUGCUGGAAGUGGGGGCCGUGCUGGCGGGGCUGGCGGCGAUCGGCGGGCUCGCUGUUAUCUUCUACAUUGAAGUAGUCGGAGGCAAAAUGCGUCCUAAGGAGGUGGAAAACUACGUGGCAUCCAUGGUGCUGAGUGCACUCGGUGACACGCUGGGAUACAACAACGGGAAAUGGGAGUUCCAGCUGAGUGGCCCAGUCAUCCACAGGGAGCUGGCAGAGAUGGGGGGACUGGGCAACUUCAGCAUCCAAGGCUGGAGAGUCAGCGAUGAUACCGUGAUGCACUUGGCCACGGCCGAAGCGCUGGUAGCUGCCGGGAAAAACCCAAGCUUGCCACAUCUCUACUCUCUGCUUGCAAGGAACUACAAGGAGUGCAUGAAUGACAUGGAGGGCAGAGCUCCAGGCUCCAUGUCCCUGGAAGGCACGGCGAAGCUGGAGCCGGGGCGGCCGGACGGCUGGCGGAUCCCGUUCAGCCCGCGGGCGGGCGGCUGCGGGGCCGCCAUGCGCGCCAUGUGCAUCGGGCUGCGCUUCUACCGCCCCGAGCAGCUGGACACGCUGCUCCGGGUCAGCGUGGAGAGCGGCCGCAUGACCCACCACCACCCCACCGGCUACCUGGGCGCCCUGGCCUCCGCCCUCUUCGCGGCUUACGCGGUGAACAGCGUGCCCCCCCAGGCCUGGGGCAAGGGGCUGAUGGAGGUGCUGCCACGGGCUAAAGCCUACGUGCAGGAGUCCGGCUUCUUCGUGAAGGAGAACAUGGAGCAAUGGUAUUACUUCGAGGAGCAGUGGAAGAAAUACCUGGCGGAGAGAGGCAUCUCGGACGGGGUGUCGUUGCCCAGGUUCCCCUCGGAGUACGGCGUGGAGGAGAGGGACUCGUUCUACACCUCGCUGAGCUACAGCGGCUGGGGCGGCGGCAGCGGGCACGACGCGCCCAUGAUCGCCUACGACGCGCUGCUGGGCGCGGGCGGCUCCUGGACGGAGCUGGCUCACCGCGCCUUCUUCCACGGCGGCGACAGCGACUCCACGGCCGCCAUCGCCGCCAGCUGGUGGGGCGUCAUCCACGGCUUCCGGGGGGUGCCCCCCUCCCUCUACGCCCACCUGGAGUACAAGGAGCGCCUGGAGAAGGUAGCCAGGGACUUGUACAGCAUCCUCUAGCAGGAGGUGAGGGGCAGCCCACAGGCAGGCUGUCCUGGGCCCGCUUGGUCUGCAAACCCACUGGAUUAAAUCUCAUUUAUCUAAGCCAGAGCCAGACCUGCCUUUUCUCUGAGAGCUUCAGGCCUCCCUCAGGGGAGGCCACAUCGGACUGGUUUGGGGUUGGUGGUUUGAUGGGAACACACAGUGGUCCCCCAAGACAUCACUGCCGUGUGGCUGCACAUCGUCUGGUCCUCAAGAGGAGCAGGAGCACCCACUGCAGCCCUGCUGGUCAUGUUGCAGCAUGACCUCACGCAGGCUGCCCUAAACCAGCAUCCUGCCCCUAACGAUGGGAGCAGGGGGAACAAGCAGCCUAUUGUGUCUGGGGGCAACAGGGCUUUCGUAGGAAAUUAGUUUAGUAGAGGAUUUUUUUUGUUUGAAGUGAAUGUGGAGAAAACCUCAAACCUGACCUUACAGCUGUGUGAGCAGUGCAUUUUACCCAAUUCUACACCACUUCUGCAAUACAGGUAGGAGUGCAUCAUGCUACUUCCCUAUUUCAGUGAAUGUGGGAAUUCAAGACUCCUGACCAGAGCGUUACUUAAGGCAAAAGUGGGUAAUGAGAAUUAACAGGUUGCAUUUUACAUCAGCUUCUGCAGUGAACUAUAUUCUGCUUUCAUCAAGCUUAUUGAAGGUAAUUUGCUUAGUAUUUGCUAUGCAUAAUUCUAUUGAAAUAAGGUUUUUCUUCAAAUCCAGACUAUACUAUGACACAGCAAAGUGCUUUUACUGUUUUCAGAACAAUUUCAAACCCAGUGUAUGCCAUUCAAUAAAAAGACCAGACAGGCCUCUGUUAAAUGUUAUAUUCUAUUAUGGCAUGGGUUGAGGGAUGGAUGGGGUAUGAAAUCAGAGGUGCCACGUGUUUGAAAGCUCCAGCUGCAAGAGAGAGGAGAUGUGCUACCAAUGUUAGGGAGAGAAGUUAUUGCAUCAAGGAGUAGGGGCAGAGGGAGAGGAUUCCCAAGAGGAGGGCCUCAGCACACCUUUAUGCUGUGAGUUAACACAAAGGCAUAACAAAAGCCCAGAUCUGACAAAAACCAUCAGCAAGAGGAUUCACAAUUUCAACACAGUUUACUACAGCUCUUGGGUGUGUUGUAUAAAACAUUUUUUAGUGCAACAUAGUACAAAGUUUUUGUUGGGUGGUUUUUUUUUUCACCUUUUUCUUUUUUUAAAAAUCCCAAACAGAUUUUUCCACAUCAUGCAUGGACAGGGUCUCUCUCUUCUCAGGCUCAUUACAGAAAGUCACCGCAGAGAGAGAUUUGAAAAGCUUUGUGUUAAAACUCAUUACAGGAAGAGUCUGCCUUAUAAAAACUGAGAGAAGUUUGAGACUGGGCAACACACUGCCAGAGCAAUGGAGAAAUGCCACCAGCAGGGUACAUUCAGGGAGCACCACGGGAGCCACUUCCCAGGAAAGCCUGGGCUCUGUGCAGGAACCGCAGGGCUGGAAAGAGACCCCGUCCACCCAGGGGGGCAGGGCCAUGGGGCAGGCCUCAGGAGAGCCCUGCUCUGGGGCAGACAGGUUGGUGAGGAGGAGUGUGGCUCAAGUGCAGAGCAGAGCUCUCCCAGGAAAGAACGGCUCCCGCUGACUUCAUUCGUUCUCUCUUCUUCCUUAAAGCUGAAGUGAGUCGUGGUUCCUGCCCAGGAGCAGUACAUACAGGAGACAGUACAGUCAGGAAACAAUAUCCACUGGCUGCAGCUGCAGCUGUUUGCACCUCGAAUUCUUCAUUUCCAUUCACUUCUCAUCCCACUCCUCUCUUUGCAGACGUCUUUGCCAGAAAGGGAAGACAAGUGUGCGGGUGUGCGAUACAUACAGAUAUAGGAGUGUGGUUUUAUGCAUAUGCUGGGGCCAGUAAGCGGUUACAUCUCGAGGAGGCAGACUUCACAGAGGGACGAGUGGAACUGGGGCUUCCCAGCAGAAGAAGAAACCAGUGCUGUUCUGGUGGAGGUGCAGAGGUGGCCAACUUCAAACGCCUUAGCACGGGACGAUGUGCAGCCAGGUGGGUCCUCUCCCACACAGGAGCGAGGCUUCACGGUGCAGAUCUCCCACCUGAAGCUUCACCACCUCUGAAACAUCAAGGCAUCAGGGUCUAACUGACUUAGUGCUACAGAGCAUCUGCUGAGGUCCCCU